UAUUUAAUGCGAAAAAAUUAUCGUUUUUCAUAUUUUUGAUCGUUGAUUUAAGCAAAAAGAAAAUCACGGGUCAGCCGAAAGAGGAUCUGUAUAUCUUCCUUGAGACUUUGGCCAACUCAACAUAUUUUAACUUCGCCAAUAUAACUGUACGUCCGAGCAUCGAUAGCACCUUGGAUCGCUUGCGUUUGCGACCUGCGCAGUAUAUGUCACUGAUAUAUAACUUAACCUUCGACUUCACGCAGAAGGAGGAAGGAAGGGAACACAUCAAGCUGAAUGAUGGCUUUCAGAAUUUUUUUGUGCGUCAGGUGCUCACCGAAUUUGGUAUUUGCUACUUGAGUAACAGCUACUUACACGCUGAGUACACAGCACGCUAUUUUUUGUUUGGAAAAUAUCCGAAGAUCGACAAGGAAAAUGUUAAAAUGUUGUUAGGUAGCUACUUCGAUAGCGCAUUGUUGAUUUUAUCGGUACCGAAGGCGUUCGGAAGUAUUGGGGUUUUCAUACACUCUUCUCAUGAUGCCUUAAAAAUUGAGCAGAAGUUUUUCUAUACCAACGAGGCGGUGUACUACAAAGCUGAGACGCGAGAAAUUGUUGCCGAAGAUGGUUUUGAAAAAUCUACCACAGUGGCUCAACGCAAUUGCCGCUUUCCGCAUGAGUCGAAUUUGAAGCAUUUUGAAAUUUAUACUAAAAGCUUUUGCAUGCAAGAAUGUCGCCUUAAUUUGGUCUAUAAAAAAUGUAAAUGCAUACCACAUUUCUAUCCGAACAGAAUUAAAAAUCCGAAGCCGAUUUGCUCUUACACUACGCUUAAGUCCUGUGUGGCUAAAAAUGCAGAAUCCUUUCGCCGUUUACAUAGUUCAAGAGCUCGGAAAACUGUACAUUGCCAUUGUGUGGAUUCCUGCUUCAACAGCAUUGUGGUUGUGAAAAGUGCGGAGGUUUUAGCAAAUCUCAAUAUCUUUCAGACUGGUUUUACUGUCGGCCUUGAGGUAACCACUUGGCCAUUGGAGUUGCUGAAACGACAAGUGAUUUUUACUUUUACCGAUUUGUUGGGUGAGUAAUGGA